AGCCUCCAGGCCUCCUGGUGGGGCCGAGCCGGACCCGUGCAGCCAUGCGCGGCGUGCCGGCGGCUUGCGGCGGCUACGCGCGGGUGACCGCCGAGAGCGAGCGGGCACCCGCCGCGGAGCGGCGAGGCGCUGGGCCGGUGGCCACGCCCGCAGGCCUGGCGACGCUCCUGAGCGCAGCGGCGCUGGUGCUCGGCGCCGCCGACCUCGCGCGCAGGGCCUCGCCGCGCGGGCCUCGGAGGGCCAGGCCCUCGGCCGGCGUCCUGCUGGCCGAUUCCGCGGCGUGGGGGCUGGUGGCGGAGGAGGGGCCCGGGCAGGAGCCCGACCCCGCCGAGUGCCAGGCCGGGGCGGCGCUGGAUUUCGGCAGCGCCGAGGUGCAGCACGCCACCCUCGGCGGCCAGGGGCCCGUCUCGGGGCAGGCUGGCUUGGUGCUGGCGGGCGUGCUGCCGGGCCGCCCGUUCACCGACCUGGUCGUGACUACCUCGCCGCCCGCGCCUGCGGAUGCCAUCCCGUUCGCGUUCCGCCUCAACGCUUCGCUGGGGCGGAUAGGUGUAGCAAGUGGAAGUUCCCUCAACUUCACUUUCGCUUUGGUCGGGCCAUCCAUCGGAGCGGCCGCGGUACCAUUCCACAUCACGUUCUACGACCUCUGCCAGGCUGGCAUGACGCUGACGGUCGGCGGCUUCUCGAGCUACGCCCUGGGCAACCACACUGCACUGGAAGCGAAGAGGAUGCCCCAUGGCCGCCUGCAGAUCUCCGCGCGCCAGCCAGAGUGUGGCGGCGGGGCCUCCCUCGGCCCGGAGCGCCUCUCCGCGGCCGGCAUCGCAACCUUCGCGUUCGAGGGCACGGCUGAGCUCCCCGUGGAGGCUGCCGUGGCCCCCGGAAAGCCCGACGGCGAGCUCGUCUUCGGGGGCGGCGGGGCGCGCCAGGCGCACUGCGGGGCGGCCGCCGCGGCCGCCCCUGCGGGCACCUGCGCCCCCUUCCGGUGCCCGCCGGGCCGCCGCCUCGGCGGCGGCGCGCCCCUGCACCCCUGCUGGAGCAGCGGCGCGUGCACGCCCGGGGCCGGCGCACUGGGGUCCGGCGCGCUGGUCGAGCUGUGCUGCGAGCCCGCGCCGCGGUGCAGCGAGGCCCUGGAGUUCGGCGGCUCCUCCCUGGUGCACAACAACCUGGACGGCCGGGGCCCCGCGCCCGGCGAGCCGACCAUGGUCUUCAAGGGCGUGCUGCCCAGGAGGCGCGAGCAGGUGAACUUGGAGAUCACGGCCACGAGCCCGUACCAGGCCGCCGAUCCCAGCAGGAACGGUCUCAACCGUGACUCGCUGGGGCAGAUAAGCGUCGCGAGCGGCACCUCCGUCGACCUGGUCUUCCGGCUCGUCGAGGACGCCACAUGGCGCCCCACGAUCCUGCAGGGGCCGGUGUGCCUUUCCGUCCUCGGCCUCGAGGACGAGAUCUCCACGGCCGGUUUCGCUGCCCUCGCACUGGCGGACGACAGCGUCUUGCAGGUGGCCAACGACAGUCGCGGCCUGACGCACAUUUGGGGGCCCAGCUGGCCGCCGCCCAGCGGGCAGAGGCGGGCCGGCUUCGCCGUCGCAGAGGCUUUGCGCUUGGGCGUCGCGAACCAGACGGGCCUUGGCAGGAGGGGUGCAGUCACCUUUCUGUUCGCUGGCAGCCCGGAGUUCCAGCUCUCCCUCUCGGUGGCCCCUGGUGCACUUGGAGGGGGGCGCGACUUCGUCUUCGGGGGCCUGUCGACGCUCGUCGCCGGGCCCGCUCAGAAGCCCACCUGAGCCACUGGCGGGGGCCAACACGUCGAGAAGGGGGAUGUGCAGGAGGAGCAGCGUGG